AUGCCGGCGCAUCGAACUCGCCUGGCUUUCGAGCCACUCUCGCCUCUUCUCAACAUCAAGGAGGUUGUUGAAUCAACUCCCAAUUUUGAUUUUGCGAUGGAAAUCACAUGCGACUCAAUUGACAAAUUUCCGCUUGAGGACUUUGAGAAGCUAGUUCUGUACCAAGUUGUUCUGAGUGGGAGACCUUUGGUUAUCAGAGGUCUCAAAGAUUGUCUUGACAAGGAUCUCUUUUCGGAGAAAUGGCUCCGAGAAAACUACGGAAAGAAAGUCGAGGAAGUUCGAGACCUAGGGAAAAAGAAGUCGUUUAAUUUCAGUAUGGGCCACUAUCUGGAAAGCCUAUCGCUACUCACUCGACAGGUGACUGUGCACAACUACACAAACAAGAACGUCCAGCGACUCUACCUCAAGGAUAUCGACUGCCCUCCCGAGUGGCGGGCUUAUCUCGAGAAACUGUUACCGCCUUCCUUGUUCUACCUUAAUGAAACACCCAGAUCCUUUGAAGGGCCUGCGUCACAAAACACGAACCUGACUGAAAUCCCCAAAACCACAGAAGGUGAAUUCAUCGCCCCAGCGGGCGAUUUGAUGAGUAGUCUGCCUGUAGAGAUGCGGGCGGAGAAUCUUAUGUGCUACAUCGGUCAUGAGGGCACUUACACACCAGCACACCAAGAAAUGUGUGCUAGUCUCGGUCACAACAUAAUGGUCGAAGCGUCCAAUGGGAUAUCAGAAAACGGGAAGCCAACGGAGCCGGGCUCUUCAGUCUGGCUCAUGACAGAAACCAAUGAUCGGCGGAUUGUUUCUGAGUACUGGAUGUCUGUCCUUGGACAUGAUAUUGACAUUGAGGAUUUCUUUGCUCCCUUACACGCAUGGGAGAUUGCACCAUUUAAGACAUGGGUAGUCGAACAGCGACCCGGUGACCUGAUUCUUGUACCCCCUCUUGCUGCACACCAGGUUUGGAACCGCGGCACUCGGACGAUGAAAGUCGCUUGGAAUCGCACUACCGUGGACACGCUCGAGCUGGCUCUGCGUGAAGCCUUGCCGCAUGCGCGGAUGGUCUGCCGCGAUGAGCAAUAUAAAAACAAAGCCAUUGUUUACUACACUCUUGAACGGUAUUCGAAAUUGUUGCGGCAAGCAAAAACGAUCGACCAUCCGGUGGUGAAUCAGCUGUGGGACGAUUUCAAACGACUUUUCAACAUGUACAAGGACAUUCUGUUGUCUGAAUCCUUCUCACAGAAGAACCCGGAAAAGAGCGUUGAAUAUCAUAAGUUUCAAAGCAACGUUACUUGCUCAUUUUGUCGGUGCAACAUCUUCAACAGGUUUCUUACCUGUCCUGGUUGUGCGGAUUCUCUUGGCAGCGACGAUGACCCUUAUGAUGUAUGUAUGGAUUGCUACGUCAUGGGUAGAAGCUGUGGCUGCGUUUCUAACCUGAAGUGGAUGGAACAAUUUCCAUGGAAGCACUUGACAGAACGCUAUGAAACAUGGCGACGGCUGAUCAUUUCCUCUAAUGAUGACAACAAGGAUUUGAGGCUCCAGUUCCCUACUUUUGUUGUCGCCCGCGGUCAGGCGGGCAAAAAGUCAGUAGCGGAAAUCUGCCAAGAGCAAUUGAAGCGUCGCCCCUGGAAUGACCCAAAAAAUCCCAGGCCCGUAGUAGACGAUGCGAUCGAAGACCCUGGUAGCGAAUCCGAUGGCAACAAUCGGUCUAAAAAGCGCCGCAAAAAGCGGCAGUCCCUCAUAACCAAAUCAGAGAAUGUCCACCGCUGUCACUCUAUUCCGUGCCUUCGAGAUCUCCCCCAAGAGGCCAUGGAGAAGCACCACUGGCUCUGUCCCAAAUGUCGCAAGGAAUGUAGUUGCGGCGCUUGCCAGCGUGACCCGUCUAUGAAGCCAUACGAGCCCAAUUGCACCAUUCUGGGGCAUGAUACUAGCAAGGUAGCCGACCCGCGCAGCAUCGAGACCUUGGUGGAUUUUCGGAAAUCGAACCUGUGGUGGCUGAAGAAGUUUGGUGAUGAUGUUCAUGGACGCAUUCAAAAACGUCAGAAGGAAGCCGAAGAAGCCGAAUUAGAGCGACAAAAGACCCUUGAAAACCAGGGCUUCAGCUUCGAGUCCAGCCCAUUCGACCAGCCGGUUCAGAAUGGAAAUGGGAACGAUGAAAAUCCACUGGUCUUUGAUGAGGACUAUGGGGGCAUACCCGUUGAUCCAUCAUUGAUGAUUUAG